AUGAAGAAAUCUUUUAAUAAAAGGAUCAAGGAAUACAACUCUGAAAAAUCAAGGAGUAUCACAGAAUCCUAUAUAAGUACAAAGGCGACAGUAAACAGUAAAACAAAAUGUUUCACAUGUUCUGAAUGUGGAAAAUGUUUUGGCCAGUACGCCAAUCUUGUUACUCAUCAGAGAACUCACACAGGAGAGAAACCUUUCUCAUGUUCUGAAUGUGGAAAAUGUUUUAGCCAGUACGCACACCUUGUUGCUCAUCAGAGAAUUCACACAGGAGAGAAACCUUUCUCAUGUUCUGAAUGUGGGAAAUGUUUUAGCCAUCACUUAAAUCUUGUUACUCAUCAGCGAACUCAUACAGGAGAGAAACCGUUCUCAUGUUCUGAAUGUGGAAAAUGUUUUAGCCGUUACUCAAAGCUUGUUACUCAUCAGAGAACUCACACAGGAGAGAAACCUUUCUCAUGUUCUGAAUGUGGGAAAUGUUUUAGCCAUCACUUAAAUCUUGUUACUCAUCAAAGAACUCACACAGGAGAGAAACCUUUCUCAUGUUCUCAAUGUGGAAAAUAUUUUACCCGUUCCUUAGGUCUUAUUCAACAUCAAAGAACUCACACAGGAGAAAAACCUUUCUCGUGUUCUCAAUGUGGAAAAUGUUUUACCCGUUCCUUAGGUCUUGUUCAACAUCAGAGAACUCACACAGGAGAGAAACCUUUCUCAUGUUCUGAAUGUGGAAAAUGUUUUAGCUGUCACUCAAGUCUUGUUCAACAUCAGAGGACUCAUACAGGAGAGAAACCUUUCUCAUGUUCUGAAUGUGGAAAAUGUUUUAGCUCUCACUCAAGUCUUGUUCGACAUCUGAGAACUCACACAGAAGAGAAACCUUUCUCAUGUUCUGAAUGUGGGAAAUGUUGUAGCCGUCACUCAAGUCUUGUUCAACAUCUGAGAACUCACACAGGAGAGAAACCUUUCUCAUGUUCUGAAUGUGGAAAAUGUUUUCGAAUGAACUCCAGUCUUAUUAAGCAUCAGAGAACUCACACAGGAGAGAAACCUUUCUCAUGUUCUGAAUGUGGGAAAUAUUUUAGCAUGAACUCAAGUCUUGUUCAACAUCUGAGAACUCACACAGGAGAGAAACCUUUCUCAUGUUCUGAAUGUGGGAAAUGUUUUACCCAGCACUCAAAUCUUAUUUCUCAUCAGCGAAUUCACACAGGAGAGAAACCUUUCUCAUGUUCUGAAUGUGGAAAAUGUUUUAGCCUUCACUCACAUCUUGUUACUCAUCAGAGAACUCACACAGGAGAGAAACCUUUCUCAUGUUCUGAAUGUUGGAAAUGUUUUAGCCAGCACUCAAAUCUUAUUACUCAUCAGCGAAUUCACACAGGAGAGAAACCAACUUAA